AUGUCGCUCUGCAUAAACCGCCUUACAGAAGAAAGAAAGCAGUGGCGUCGAGACCACCCUUUCGGAUUCUACGCGAGGCCCCAUCGCAACCCUCAAGGUGCGCUCGACCUCAAGAGAUGGGAGUGCGGUAUCCCUGGAAAGGCGCAAACCUUAUGGGAGGGUGGGCUUUUCAAGCUCGACGUUACGUUUCCAGAUGAAUAUCCGACUAAGCCACCUAAAUGCAAAUUCGUCCCUCCGCUCUUCCACCCGAACGUCUACCCCUCCGGCACCGUCUGCCUUUCGAUAUUGAACGAAGAGGAGGCAUGGAAACCUGCCAUCACCAUCAAACAGAUUCUUCUGGGCAUUCAAGACCUACUGAACGACCCGAACCCGGAGUCACCCGCCCAGGCUGAGGCAUACAAUCUGUUCAAGAAGGAUCGACCGGCGUAUGAGCGACGUGUCAAGCAAGUGGUCAAGGAAAAUCCGGCCCUUUGA